AAAAAAAAAAAAGAAAGAGAGACUCUGGGGUGCCAACAUUGCAGUGUUUUGCAACUCUUAAGUAACCCUCAGGAGUAGAGAUUUAAAUCUUUCACAGAGCCACUCAGUACACAUGCAUGUUGCUUAGAUAUUUGUUAGAGUCUAAAGCUGGCAGCGAGAAGCUGGUAAUGAAGCUCAAGAAAUUGGAGUCCAGUGUGAGCUCUGGUCGCAAGUGGUUCAGACUGGGCAACGUGGUGCACGCCGUGCAGGCGACGGAGCAGAGCAUCCGCGCGGCCGACCCGGUGCCGCGCCUGUGCCUCACACUAGCCAACCUGAACCGCGUGGUCUACUUCGUCUGCGACACCGUCCUCUGGGCGAAGAGCGUGGGCCUGGCCUCCCGCGUCCACCGGGAGCGGUGGCAGCUGCGCGCCGCCCGCCACUACUACUGCUUCCUCCUGCUGAGCCUGCUCCGAGACCUGUACGAGAUUGCGCUGCACCUGGCACAGGCCGCGGACCGCGGGGCCGGGAGAGAGAAAGCCCCCCUGGACGCCCAGGGGUGGCAGGCGGGGGACCACGGGGAGAGCGAGCAGCUCCAGCCCUCCGUCCUGCUCCUCUUCCGAUCUCUGAAGCGGCACCCACCCCUGCUCCUGGACACAGUGAAGAACUUGUGCGACAUCCUCAUCCCUCUGAACCAGCUGGGCCUCUGCAGGCCCAGCCUCGGCAUCAUCGGGCUGGGGGGCCUGCUGUCCUCGCUGGUGGGCAUGGUCACCGUGGCCUACCCCCAGAUGAAGCUGAAGACGCGCUAGGCCGCUCGGAGCCCGCGCCAGCCCCUGGCCGUGCAGAUGACAUACGUCUGGGAAAAUAGGCAUUUGUGUUAGCCACCAGCCGGGUUAGACUCUGCUUAGGGUUUUUUUUUU